AUGGAUCUGUCUGAAACACCCCUUAAAGAAUUGCCUUCAUCGAUUGGAUGUCUCACUUCCCUGGUGACUUUGUGCGCGACUAGCUGUCUCCUCGAAGUACUGCCUUCAUCAAUUGGGGAUCUCACUUCGUUAAGAUCAUUGCACCUGUCCAAAACUCUCAUCAAUGAACUGCCUUCGUCAAUUGGGGAUCUCACUUCUUUAAGAUAUAUGGACCUGUCUGAAACUCCCAUUAAAGAAUUGCCAUUAUCAAUUGGGUGUCUCACCUCCUUAGAGAUUUUGAUCGUGUCUAAAACUCUCAUUGAAAAAUUGCCUCCGUCAAUUGGUUCUCUCACUUCUUUAGGAGAAUUGGACAUGUCUAAAACUCCUCUUAAAGAAUUGCCUUCAUCAAUUGGUUCUCUCACUUCCUUGUGGAUAUUGGACGCUUCUGAAACUCUCAUUGAAGGAUUGCCUUUGUCAAUUGGAAAUCUCAUUGGCCUUGAAUCUUUAAGACUAAAAGGAUGUGCAAACCUUACAGAUGUGCCACACAGUGUCUAUGGAGGGCUGCAACUUCUAGGAGGGCUAGACCUCUCUUGGUGCCCAAAACUGGUUACAUUUCCGAGUAGGGCGAGCGGUUUGGUUUCCUCAAGUUCAGAAUCUCCUCUUCUGAUGCUUCCAACUGAUUCAAACAAUGGGCAUGAUCAUCCUGGUUCACUAUUGUUUCCCCAGCUACGGUAUUUAUUUUUUGAAGGAGGCGAAUUAUCAGUGGUGACUGAUUUUCUAACGAAUCUGGAUUGCAAGUCCACAUUGAGUACACUUAAUCUAUCAGGAAGCAGUUUCGAUAGUCUUCCGGCAUGCAUCGGCAAAUUUCUCAAUCUGGAUUCUCUUAUUUUGGGUGGUUGCAAGAGGCUUCGAGAUAUUUCAGAACUUCCUCCAAAUUUAAAACAUAUAGAGCUGGAUGAUUGCGUAUUGUUGGAAAGAUUUUCGAAAUUGUCAGACAUACUGGAACAGAAAGACACUCCGGGACUUCUUUGCUUGAUGAAAUUGUCUAAUUGCAAUAGAUUGAUGGAUAAUCUUGGCAUAGACUUGGUGUCGAAGAUGGCAAAAGCAUUACCUUAUCAGUUGGUGCAGGCCGGCUUAGAUCAGCAUGUCUUGUCCUGGAAUCUUAGGCUUCCAAGUCUCCUGGAAAUUGAAGUUCCAAAGUGGUUUGAUAGGGCUGAGGUGGAUGCAAGUGUGCUUCCCGGUCAUGAAAUUGGUGAUAUGUGUGAAAUUUUGAUAAGAAUCCCUAGGAAUCUGAAGGCUGAGAAAAUAGGAUUGGUUGUCUGUGUUGUUUUUGAAAUUACAGAAGAACUUUACCGUUACCGUGAAGCUGAGCAUUGUUUAGUGACGGUUGUGAUUGAUAAAAAAGAGUAUAAAAAUAAUGGCCACUAUUUUGAAGCAAAAGCAACAGAGUCAUCGGCUCAUGAUCUUGUAUUAGUGUGUCUGAUAUGUAUUGCUUUCAAGGAGCUAGAGUUGGUGGAUCGUGUGGUUCGAGUUAUGUGUCACCAUAGGUUGCUCCUAAAAAGUUUCGGGGUCCACCUGGCUAAUAUGCAAGAGAAUGAUGGUGAUCAUGUACGUGGUGAAUACUUGGCACAAGAAAGAUAUAGGGAUGGCAAUGCUAGCAUUUCUGAUUUUGAAAACAUAGAGGGGGCAGCUGUGGCAUCAUUAGUAUCAGAUGACAGCUUUACCGGGGAAGGACACGAUGAUCAUGAUGAAGGGGAACAAGAACGGGAACUUCAUCGUCCAACAAAAAGAUUCAGGUGGCAAUAAUGCUAUGAUCAUCCAUGAUGGGGAUGAUUAAUAGUUGGAUUCCAGUCAUAGUUUUUUGAAGUCGAUCUCGAAAUACGGCAGUUGAUGGCCAGCGGCAGAGGCACCAAUCUGGAUUUAUGUCAUGGUCAACUCAAUCGCGAUCAAUCAACAGGAACGAUGCUGGGUUUAUAAAGUAAUGUCGGGUGAACCACCUUUUGGGAAUGGAGAUUUUGGGGAGGAAUUGAUAUUGGCAUGUUCGGGUUUGAGUAUGAUGGGGAGGAGAGAGAGGAGAAUUUUAAUGGGGAUAUUAGGGUGAGGGAGGAUGGAGAUCUGAGGUUUGUGUGUGAAGAAGUGGAGCAGAAUGGUUCUAGUUUAAGGAAGAAGAAAAGAGGGAGGUUAUGGCCGGGUUGGGAAAGUAGGCGUGGGCUUUUAUUGAUAACCAGCUGGUGCUCUAUGUUGAGGGAAAGGGAGGCUCGGUUUGAACAGUGUGAUGUGGAGAGAGAAAGGGAGAGACAGAGGGGUGACAGUUUUGGAUUGGAGUGUGAGCAAGAAUGGGAAUGGAAAUGGGAGGAAUGGGUGAAGAAGAAGGAGAGAGAAAAGGCAAGGGAGCAGUUGAAGAAGCAGAAGAUUGAAGAAUGGGAAGCAUUCGAGAAGGACAGUGAAGGGAGAGAGAAGAAGAUCGGAAGAGAAGAAGCGUUGAUUCAUGAUGGUGAAUGGGAGGAGAGGAUGAAUAGGAGGAUGUCGGAAUGGAAGAAGAGGAUGGAUAAUUUUGCUGCUGGCAUUUUUCAUGAGCAGAUAAAUCUUACAAGCCUUUACUGGGAUUGUCUCUCAGUGGACUGCUCAUCCAGCUGGACUGUCUGAUCAUUCCUGUGCAAGCAACCAUUAUUUAUCACAGAUGAUGCAGAAUUUUCGCCUUGUGAAUAGUUUGGUUCAUGACAAUGCUAGGGUUGUUGGAGACAAUCAAGAUGAUCAGAUCAUUGCGCUCCACAUGUAUGCAAUUAUCUCUGCAGUGGUGGUGGAUAUGUAAAGUUUAGUGAAUUGCUUAAUGUACUCUGAUGAAUACUUUGUUCAUCAGUAAGGUAUGGUU